AUUUCAAUGUUUCAUUUCGUCAAGUUAAUACGUCAAGUGAAACCAAACCACAUCCCAAAAAAUCCCUUGGUUUUGCUUAAUAAAAUAAUGACUAUAUUUUAUUCGAACGCAUAACCCAACAGAGAGUGGAGGUAGAUACACAAGCCACGAUUCUUCUCCCCUGUAACCAGACUUAUUUUGUGUUUCGCUAAAAAUAGCAAACUUGCAGACCAGAAGCCACACAUAUUCGCAACUUGUCUUUUUCGCAGAUUCCUCAGGAGACGUUUAGUGUCAUACAUGCACACAUUUUUUUUGCUUGGAGAUGAUUCAUAAACUCGUUCUCCUUACUUGAAAGUGAACGUUUGCUGUGUCACAAAGUGCGAAAGGGUUUGGAACCAAGUAUCGAUUAAACUAAUCUGCAAAAAAAUACACACCAAGUUUUUGCCGAGUCUCAAUUAUUUCCAUUUCUCGCAUGCCAAAAUGUGUCGUUUGUUUGGCAUAUAGCGUGACAGAAAAGUGCCUAGCCAAAUUUAUACACAUAGUUUGACACGAUAUCGAUAUCCGUUUAUAUGUACAUAUAGAAAGAAACCGUACACAACAAAUCCAUCUAUCCAAAGGUUGACGUCCUAUUGUUCUGUUGCUUUCUCCUGGUUUCUCAUUACUCGUUCGGGAAAGGUGCCAGUGUCCGCUUUUCACUUUACUUUCUCCUGUUGUGACAACUAUCUCCUAGUAAUCGCGUCUUUUUUUUGUGUCACACUUUGUUUACGACAUGACGGAAGUGUUGCCCAUGACGGAGGUGUCGUCGGACGAGAAAUCUAGUCGAUAUCCGACCACCAUGAAUGUGAACAGAUACGCGACAAAGAAGACGAUCGCCCAGGGAAUGCUUGACAUUGCUCUGUUAACGGCUAAUGCGUCCCAGUUGAAGUACGUCCUCCAAGUGGGGAAGGAACGCCAUCCCUUUUACACGCUAAUGGUCACUCUAAUUUCCAUCUCGAUCGUGUUGCAGGUGACCGUCGGGAUAUGUUUCCUAUUUAUUGGGUCCUUAAACAUCAACAAGCCAAAGUCACAGAGGACCGCAGACAUUUUAAAUAACUUGAUCACCCUGCAAAUUUUUAUAAUCACGACGAUCAACGUGGUCAUCUCAUCCUUCGGAAUUGAGCAUGUGAUAAUUGAAGAGGACAAGUACAACAAAAAAAGUGGAUUGGUCAGGAGGGAAACGCCCCAAAUAUUUGAGACGGGCCAAGCCGUCCAAUUUUUCGCAAAUUCUACCAUCAACACGGGGAGGAUAUUGUUUGAUGAGAGUUCUUUAUAACUUAUUCGUACAUAGCACUAUUUAAAUAAAUAAUAGCAAUUAAUAUGUAGAGAACCGUUAUAUUAAGUAUUUUGUACGUGGUGCAUAUAAAUAUUUAUUUAUGUAUAUUGAGUGACAGCUUGAAGGAAAUAAAUAAAUGUGCAUUUUUUCAUAA